AUGCUUCUGGGCAUGCUGAAUGUGCUCCCUGCGGGAGGUCUCGCAAUCAGCGACCUGACGGCUACGAUUGCGCUUGACGUAUCUCAAGCAGUCGCGAUUCCCGAGGACUCGGCAUGGUUCGCACCAGGCAUGAUCGUCCUUGUGGACGGUGUCUACGAAGAGGAAGAAGAAUCUGUCGGUAAAGGGUUAAGCGGAAGCAGUGGUGUUGGUGGAACCCUAGGCGGCAGAUUCCAGGGCUUCUUCAUCGGCCAGCCUCCCUGUGAGAAGAGAAAGGCCACGUUAGGUGUCAGCGGCCCGGACGGCGGCCAGGACCACACCAUAGGAGGCGGGUUCGGCUGGAUUGACUUCCUCGGCGUGGGCAGCGAACGAGCUGUCGGGUCCAAGAUGCGGAAGCUCGAGCAACGCCUGCUACCCCGACACUCUGCCGAAGAGGUCCCCAGCAGGGGCCGGAUGGUCAUUCUUGGCGAGCUGAACCUUGACCAGCCACGGACGUUGCAGGCCUUGCGGAGGAUUCUCACGAUAUAUGCGGCCGAGCCCGAAGGCGCGAGUCCCAUGAGCUUUGUCAUCACUGGCAACUUCACCCAGCACGCCGUCCUCGCGAGAGGCGGCAGCGGUGGCAGCAUAGAAUACAAGGAAUAUUUCGACGCCUUGGCUUCAACACUAUCCGAUUUCCCCACUCUCCUUCAGACUUCCACCUUCAUCUUCGUCCCCGGCGAUAACGAUGCCUGGGUCUCUUCCUUUACAGCGGGAGCUGCUACCCGCUACCUCGGAAAGGAGCCCCAGACUCGUGUGACUUUGUUCGGUCCGAACCACGAAGUCGUCGUCUUCCGCGACGACAUCUCAGCCCGCCUCCGCCGGGCAGCUGUACGCCUCAAAACGUCGAAGCAACCCCAGAACGAAGACGAAGAAAACCAGCCCCCUGAGACCGAAGACGGCGCAGAUGAUGUUGUUAUGGGCGGAAAUGACCCAGUAGAAGAGGAGGAAGCUAUGGACGUCGACAUCCCCAGGAAGAAGCCCACCGUCAAGCAGGUCAACUCAAGCGUCCCACAGGACGUGCACACCGCGCGGAAGCUCGUCAAGACGGUCCUGGAUCAGGGGUACCUGUCGCCGUUCCGCCAGUCCAUCCGGCCCGUACACUGGGACUACGCGACAGCACUGCACCUGUACCCGCUGCCAACGUCCAUGGUGCUCGUAGACACGACGGCGCCGCCGUUCUGCGUCACGUACGAGGGCUGCCACGUCAUGAACCCGGGCAGCAUCCUUGUCCCUGGGCGAACGCGGGUCGGUCGUUGGAUAGAGUACGAGAUUGGCAAAAUUGGAAAGCUGCGGGAGACGACAUUCUAA